AUGGAGAAAGAUGGCGUUUUGACUGCAGAGGUGGUGGCCAGCGGCCUCUCUAACCUUGGACGCGCUGCCAGUGGACUGCAGUGCCUCUACCAGUUCCGCUCUCUGCCUGGUCACAAUCUGAGCGAUGUCUCCAUUUUAUGCAAUUGUGUCCAUGUCCAGAAGCUUGAGCUAUCUCACAACAAAAUCAAAGAUUUAUCCUGUGUGAGCCACAUGCCCUCCCUCAUCAUCUUGGAUGCUUCUCACAAUGAACUCUCCGACUUCUUUGGAUUCCAGCCACCCAAGAACUUGAAGGAGGUCAACUUCUCCCACAACCAUAUGACAAAAAUGAAGGAUUUGUCAGCCUUUUCAUCUCUUUGUAAACUGGAACUGGACUACAACAGCUUCAGUGAGAUCAGUGGUCUUGAGCAGUGUUGCAGCCUCACCCACCUCAGCCUGGCACACAACAAGAUCUCCAGGAUCAGUGGCCUGGACAGUCUGCCUCUCAAAAACCUCUGCCUCAGAGGAAACCAGCUGGAGACAACUGAGGGGUUGGAGAAUCUGAAGUGCCUGCAGGUUUUGGACCUGUCUAAGAACUGCAUCACCAGUCUGUCUGGCCUCCGGAACCUCCACUUACUGGACUCCCUCAACCUUGAGAGCAACCUGAUUAGUGAAAUUAAGGAGGCCACACACAUCCAUGAUCUAUUACUGCUGAGAGACUUCAAUCUGAAAGGAAACCCUGUGCAGGAUCAGCCAGAUUACAGACUCUCGGUCAUCUUCCUCCUCCAACACCUGACCUCCCUGGACCAGGAGAACAUCACUGCAGAGGAAAAGGUAUCUUCAGUGAAUAAGUACGAUCCUCCUCUGGAUGUGGUAGCUGCCAGGGAUCACAUGACUCACCUGCUGUACCAGCUGAUGCAGCCCCAGGUCCUCUAUGAUAGCACCCUGGCCAGUGUUGCCUCUCCCUAUCCUAUGCUGGUACUGACUGGACCUCAAGCCUGUGGGAAGAGAGAGCUGGCCCACAAACUCUGUCAGGAGUUCAGUGAAUAUUUUGCCACCGGAGGCUGUCACACUACAAGGAAGCCAUACCUUGGAGAGGAGAAUGGAAGUGACUACCAUUUUGUCAGCGAGGACGAUUUUCAAAACAUGAUUCACAUGGGUAAGUUUAUCCAGACCAUGCAGUACGGGGGUCACAGGUUCGGUCUGAGCAGGGAUGCCAUUGAGGACGUGGCUAGGGAAGGCCUGGCCUGCUGUGUGCAUAUGGAACUGGAGGGUGUGUUAAGUCUGAAGAACAGCUACUUUGAGCCUCGCUACAUCCUCCUCAUCCCCACCCAGGUGGAGCAAUAUACCAGGCAUAUGAGAAUGCGUGGCCUGUAUACCCGCACACAGAUAGACACUGCUGUGGCACGUAUCAAGCUCUACACCAACAUCAACAGGCAACGGCCAGGCUUCUUUGAUAAUGUCAUCCCCUGUGAUGACCAGGAGGAGGCCUACCAGAUGCUGAAGCUGGUGGUGAAAUCAUACCUGGGGCUGGAGGAGCAGAGCAAAGACGAUCACAAUGACAGAGCAUCCCUAGAUCAAACCUCUACUGAGCACUUACCAGAGGAAAGGCCAGCUUCAGCCCUGUCUAGCACUUCAGGAUCAGUCACAAAGUCAUACUUACCCAUGGCUUUGGACCCCUCAGACUCCUUCUCCAGGAACUAUUGUGCCAUGGUCCAAGCACAGCUCAGCCCUCAGAAGAACCCUGCUGAGCUAGCUUCCAUCAGAAGGCGUGAGCAGCUGGUGAGAGAGGCUAUAGUAGGGAAGAGUCCCGGGGCCUACAGCCAGCUCUUCAAAAGCUCAGCCCAGAAAGCUCUAUCAUCACUGCCUCAGAAUCAGGAUGCUGGCACCCACUUGCAUGAGGACAGCAGCAGCUCGGAUGAGUCUCGAGCCAGUUCGGCCUUGUCUGUGCCCAGCUCAGCAGGGGCCUUGGCCCCAGCACAAGGCUUUGACCUGGGCUCAGGACCUGUUGUGGAGCCUUUGGACAUCUCUGUCCUGGGACACACUCUGGAAACACUCAAAGGUCAAAAGCCUGACGCCCCCCAUCCAGGCACAGACAAACUGUCUGCAGUAGUGACUCCCUCCUCUGGGCGUCCUGGAUCCAGCACCCAUCCCGUCCUGCCUCCCAUCCCCUUGGGUCGCAAGACCCCUGCACCUCCCAGUUCAGCUCGUUCACCUAGCCCAAACCCAACAGUCUGA